UUUAGAAAGAUGCAGGUGGUUGCUUGACCAGACUGAACUAAAAUCUGUUAAUGAAAUGGAAACAUAAAAAUGUUCUCGUAUCAGUUAAUACAUAACAUACCCAAUAGUGUAUGUGCGGCUGUGACAGACUUGUGCUUAUAUUCACACUUGACCUACUUCUACUUUUUUUUGUAAUAAUACAUACGAUGUUGUCAAUUUCAACAAUGUUUCCAAAAAUGUAAACAAAAACACGUGACUUUUGUCCCACUUUUGAUUUUGACAGAUAGAGCUAAUGGAAAAGUCGAGUCUGUGCAAAGACUUUGUGCUUGUGAACAUAUAUUAACUGUUUUAUGAACAAAGGUUGAUUGUUUUAAUGGGAUAUUAUUGUGUGAUGUCAGAUCUUACGUUUGAGAUGUUUUUGACAGGUAGAAAACUUGCUAGUAGUUGGAGCCAAAUCAGUGAAAUUUGUCAUGUCUUGUAUCAAACCAACAAUUGGAGAAAAUGUCAAAAUUGAAGACAAUGGUGAAACUAUUAACCUAAAUAUUAAUUCAGAUAAAGCUGAGGUGGUGUAUUUGAAUUCUGAUGGUGAAGGAAAUGGAAAAAAUAUUGAUGCUGAUCGAUUGAAAACUGAGAAUUUAUUGAACAUUGAUGAUUUUCAAUCGUCUUUGUCAAUCGUAAAUGAUACUAUCUGUUCAGAGGACUGGUCUGAAGCUGUGUGUGGAUGGAAAUCACUACCACCUUAUCCAAAAUAUGUUACAGGGCUAAGAAAGCGUAAGACCGUAGAUCAAGAAUCUAAUGGAGUUGUAAAAUGUGUUAAUGAUGAUGACAGUGAUCACCAUUUAAAACCAUGGCGUGCCUCAGUCGAGCCUACUACUUUUAGAUAUGUUCCUAAUAAUGGCAAAUACAGGUUGGAUAAGUUUUCCCAAGUUGGUAGAGACUGGUACACUAUUAGAAAAAUUAAACCAGAAAAAGUACCAGUCAAAGAACCAGAACCAAAGCAAACCAGAGAAAGUCGUAGCCAAAAGAGAAUUUCGAGAAAAAAACCUGAAGUUAGAUCAAGAAGUACUAAUUCUGAUGGUGCUCUUGUAAGGCCUUCUCUCAAAUGUACUUUGAAUGUUGAGCCGGACAAUAUAAGACCACUGCUUUCAAAAUCUGCAACUGAUCUGUUCAUGGAAAGCCUUGACUCUAAGCUGAAUCAGUUAGAGUAUUCUGUUAAAAAGAAUAUGAAAAAUCCUAAACAAAACAUUUUUGAAAGCCCAUCAGGAUCUGAAAAUGGUAAAAAUAAGAAAGGCAACUCUGUUACAUUUAGUGCUGAUCUUCAUAAAGAGACAAGUUCUAUAGCAUCUAAUACUGUGUCUAAUAAUCUUCGACCACUGGAAAAAGUAACUCCAAAGCAAAGAAUCAAAAUAGGUAUUGGCAAGAGUGAAUCUAAAUCCAAAGCCAAUGGUUCUACUACAACGACAUAUAUAAACAAUCAUACCUCCAUUGCAUUUGAAGGAAUCGAUUCAGAGCAAUUACAAAAGUUUGACAAUACUGAAAAGUUUGAUUCAUAUCUUUUGGGCAAAGGGAAACACAUUAUAACAACUGGAAAACCCUCUGCUUCUUCUGUCAAAAAGAAAAGUGCAAUUCUCAAAUACACUACAACCGGUUCUCAUCGGAAGUCACUUGACAAAUUAUGGAAUCCUUCAAACUUAGAUGGUAAUGCACUGGAAUCAGACAAUAUAGCUGAACUACCUGAAGUUUCUGGUAAAAGAAUUCCUGUAACUUUCACAUCUCAACGUCUUCUUAAACAAUAAUAAUUCUAGCAUGAUAUAUACAUGUAAGCUCAUUUGCAUUAUUGCUCUUUCCCCAUAGUCAAAACACAUACAUAAAUGUAUAUUGCUCAAGAAUUUCUGAACAUUGCCAUAUAUUUCUAACGAGGACCAUACAAUAUAAAAACAUUUAUAUUUUCAUAAAAUUUCGUCAUUUCUUAUAAAAUUAUCAUAAAAUGAGACGAAAAAUAAUAAAUUUCUAUACCGUACAAAUACAUCCGCUACUCUUUCAUUUUCUGUUUGACAGUGUUCAGUCAAUGUUAUGUGGGUAUAUGAACAUAGGAGAAGAUGACUGCGACCAAUAAUACCACCAGUGCUACUGGUGGGGUGUUCUUAUCGGUAUCGAAAAAUAUCAUAAAAGUCAUAAAAUUACACUAGAAGCUUUCAUAAAAAUAUAAAUUUUUGACAAAAAUCUGUGUACGGUUCCCUGUUUUAAGUAAGGCCUAUAAUAAAAACAAAAUUUAUGAAUAUUUUUGGUGGGGUUUUAUUUCAAAAUGACUCAUAUGUAUAUUAUUUACCAUGUCUGAAAAUUUCAUAUCAAAUAUUGUGCUUUUUGGAAAUUACUGUUACUUACAUGUAUACUUGAUAACAUAUAACUGCUGUAGAUAAGAACAUGGUUUCCACUUAAACAGCAUGGAAUUUUUUGACUUAUAACCAAGGUCACAUGUAAACUGAAAGUUAUAUAUCUUAGAAAAAGUGUCACAGAAUUUCAGAUUAUUGUAUACAUGUAUAGGACAUGAAUACAUAUUUUUUAUAGUCUUUCGUUCCAAAUUAACCAGUUUUCACUAAAAUAAAUCUGGGAUAGCUCCUUUACAUGUACAAAGUAUAUCAAAAUAUUUGACAUGAUGUUUAAUUGUGUUAUAAUAAUCAUGCCAAUUUCUUUAAACAUUUGUAUGGUUAAAUGUUUUAAGAAUUAUAUAUUAAAUAUAUGUAUGUGUAAUAAGUGAGAUUUCUGGUACACUUGCUCUCAUUCCCUUGUUGAAAGUGAUAAUGCCUCUUUAGUAGAUGUUGACACCAAAAAUGUUAGAUAUUCAGCCCAAAAUACAGGUUCGAAGUUUGUGACAUAUGAUUAAAAGAUUUAAUAAAAUGUGUGUAUUACUUGUACAUGUGUAUGUAAUCUGACAAUAAACUGACAUGUAAGUACAUGUACUUAAACCAUGUUUUAUUUGGAGCAACAGAAAAAGUGGAGUAUAAAAGAGUGUUAAUAUAAAAAUAUGGUUGAUUGUUGUCUGAAAAGAAAGGUCAUAUUUCUAAUUACAUACAUUCCAGUCAGCUGUUUGUUUAACAAUAAGUAUUCAGUAUUAAGAUUUUAUGUCAAUAAAGUUAUUGUAAUCUUUAAGAGUAUAAACAAACAUUAUGCCAAACAGUAUUCAUUAUUAUCUUAAUUUAGAUUUAUUAUAUUCUAGCUUCCUAAAUAAUUAUAAUAUUAAGAAUAGUGUGUAUAUAAUAUCAUACAAUAUAUAAACAGGUCAAAAUAUAUACUAGAAUAUAAAUAUACAUGUGUAACAGAACAAGUCAAAAUACAUGCUGGAAUAUAAAUACAUGUAUAUUACCUAACAUUCUAUUUAAUUUAUGUGCAUUUUUAUGAUCAGUAGGGUUCUGAAUUUGAUUUGAUAUUUACUGUGUUUUACAUCAGUUUGGUAUGAAAAAAAUGUAAUUUUAGGAUUGUCUAUUUCAUUUGGGAAGAAAAAAGAAUCAAUUGUCAGUUUCCUCAUUGGAACAAUUAUAAAAAACAAAAUAAUAUUGAAGAGCAUACACUGGACUAAAAGGCAGAACUAUUUUUAGAUAUAAUACAGAUAAUCCCUGACUGUUAUGAGAUUAACAUUAUUAUAAGUCAAUUACUCUGAUAAUGUAAUGUACAUAUAGACCCAAUCAAUAUUCUGUGACAUAAAUCAUAUGGAAAAUUGGUAUAAAGGGUACUACUGCUGUGAUCUAAUUGCACAUACUGUUUAUGCUCUCAGUAUUAACAGCCUGGGAUGUACCAAUAUAUUUAAUUACAUUGAAGGCACAACAACGAAGUCUUAUUAAAAUGAAUAUUGGUCCAAUAAUUAUUCAAAUCAAUUAAUCCUAAACAAGAGUUAAAUGUUGGCUAACUAAAAUUCUCAUUUGAUUUUAAUGCUGCCAUCUUCCUUUUCUGGAAUACUGUUAGGCACACCUGAAGAUAUUUGAUUUCUAUCCACAAACAUAGAGCUCUAGAUACAUGUAGCAUCUACCAUAAUCUUUGUUUUAAUGGUUUACAUUACUUAUGUAUUUAAAGAAACCUUUUGGGUUUGUAAUUUUGUUACAUUUAAAUAAGAAAAAGGAUCAUUGUCACUGAGGUUUUAUAAGGAUAUUGUGACAUAAAAAAAGAAAAAUAUUAUAAAAAAAUAGCAGUUGAAUAUGCUCCAAUAUGUUUAAUCAAAGUUUAUUAUUAACUACAUGUAUAAUGGUAUUUAACAAAGCAUUAAUUAUAUUUUAAUUAUUUAUAUACAGAUUCAGUCUACUGCAUCUAUAUUUACAUAAACAUUUUAGCAUAAUGCAAUUUUUGUAUAGUAUAUUUAUAUUAUAUCUAAGUACAUGUAUGUCUGUUUGUGGUAUUAAAUAUGCUUCCAUAUUAUAUAAUAAAGUUUAUAACACCUUGGCUAAUGUAUCCUGACUCAAUUUUCCAGUUGACAAUCACUAAUUGAUAAAUAUAAGUACAUGUAUGUCUGUUUGUGGUAUUAAAUAUGCUUCCAUAUUGUAUAAUAAAAUCUAUAACACCUUGGCUAACAUGCUAAUACAUGCAUCCUGACUCAGUUUUCCAGUUGACAAUCACUAAUAUGUGAUGAUAAAUAUAGACGCAUGUUAUCCAUAAAAAAUGUUAUUGUAAUUACAUAUAUCCGGAGCUAAAUCUGCCUAUUGCAGGUCUUUAGGCCUGAAAUGUUAUCUAAAUUAUUAAUUAGACAUAAAUUAACUUAUCCAGACCAUAAUCAACUCUUGAUGUCAUCGCUAGCCUGCGAUGUUUAUUGGAUUAGGUUCCGAUUUGCUGCUCGACUUCCAUUCAUGAUUUAAUCAUGAAAUGGAUAAUCGAGACUAUGUUUGUUAUCAUACCGACUUUAGUAAUGAUGAUCGAGGCUAGGCCAAAAAUUCAAUCACUAAAAUCUUGGUUCAGAGUGGAUCAAUUUGACUGAAAUUUUCAGCAAAUUCCCUUUACAUUAUCUAGUUUUUAACUAUUAUAGUAAGAACUGACAGCUCUUUAUCUAAUCUCCCAUAAUGUAUCUUUAAGUUCUGUAACAUUGUAUUUUGCCAGAGUCCUAGACUGAAGGAAGUACAUGUAGUAGAAGCUUCUUCUGAAAACUGAUACUUCCCCUUUUUGUGGUCUCCAAAUGGUAUGUUUUGUUUCAAUUUAUGUAAUAUUGUGCCAAUUAUUAUGUUUGUCGUUUUUUAUAUGUGUUAUAUCUGUUGUUAAAAAAAUGUUUGUUUGUUUUUUUGGGGGGUGGGGUGGGGCAUUUUAAAUAAUGAUGAUUUUCCAACUUAUUAAUUAAACAUGAAUGUGUUUCAUGAAAUAAAACUGAUAUAUUGUUUUGA